GAGGUGCCCGAGUCGUGCAUCUACGCCAACGAGCUCGUCAAGGACUCGCGCGUCCAGCUCGAUGUGCUGCCGGAAGACAUCAUUGACGACCCGACCCUCCAGCGCGACUACGACGUCGCGUGCCCCGAGUGCGGCGGCCAAGGCGCGGCGUUCAUCCGGUCCCACGACGGCGUGAAGCAGUCGACGCUAGCGCUCAUUUGGAUUUGCCUCAACCGUGACUGCCAGCUCGACGAGCAUGGCAACCGACUGCCCACGCAUCGAUGGAUGGAUUAG